AUGGAGCCGUCAUUCAAUCUCCCUGACUCCACCGACUGGCUCGACACGCCACUGUCGCUCCUUACGCCUCUCGAAUCCUCCCUCCGCUGCCAGGUCUGCAAGGACUUUUUCGACAACCCGGUGAUUACCUCGUGCAGUCAUACGUUCUGUUCGCUAUGUAUUCGGCGAUGUCUGAGCACCGAAGGGAAAUGCCCCGCAUGCCGAAGCUCUGACCAGGAGCUCAAGUUGCGGCGGAAUUGGGCGAUGCAGGAGCUGGUAGAGGCGUUCCAGAACGCAAGACCGAGCGUGUUAGAACUGGCGAGGAGGGCCGCAGAUCGUGAUGCUGGAGAAGGGGAAACAGAUCAGCCUGCGUCGAAGAAGCGGAAGGUUGCCGAACAGGCUGGUCCUGAAGCGGUUCCGAGUGAGGGAAGACAGACCCGAUCGCGAAGCAGAGGCGACCGUGCGUCGGAGCCAGCUGCAACAGAGGUUAUCGAAGACAGUCAGGACGAGGAGUAUAUUCCGGGUAUGUUUAACCCGGCACUGGGCGAAUGCAUUACGGCGGGUGUCUAA